GGCUCCCGGCCGCUUGUCUGUUGUUUAUUCCCCUCAGCCGGUCAGCAGCCCAACCGCACCCCCUCUUCGGCUCUUCCUCCACCCCGCUAGCUGCUUCCAGAGAGCUCGCGUCGCGCGUGCGUGGGUGGGUGGGUGCGUGCGUGCGGCCGGCGAAGCAGCGCAGCACCGCACCACCCCCUCACGCCGUCACGCGCGCGCGCGCGUCUCGAUGGCCGACGACGGCGAGCCUUCCAUCACGCGCUGGACCUUCGAGGACUUCGAGGUCUACUACGAGGUGCGCCUCGGCAUCCGCCGCGAGCCCGCGGAGGGCGACGGUGACGACCGCGACGAUGGCCGCCCCCCGCUGCGCGGAUCCGACCAACUGUCCGGCCGACCCGCCGUGUCACGCGCCAACGGGGGCGCGGACCUCGCUGUCUUCGAGCAGUUCGAGCGGAUGGAGAGGAAGGUGGAGAUGCGCAAUGGGGCUAUAGAGGACGGGCCGCCGCAGAAACCUCUGCUUCCUUCAUUUGAAUCCGCAGAAACGCGCAACUUAGCCGAGACAUUGUUGAGGGAUAUAAUUCGUGGGAGCCCAGAUGUCAAAUGGGAAAGCAUAAAAGGUCUGGAGAAUGCAAAGCGGCUUCUCAAAGAAGCAGUUGUCAUGCCCAUCAAAUAUCCCAAGUACUUCACAGGCCUAUUAUCACCUUGGAAAGGUAUACUACUAUUUGGUCCACCUGGGACAGGAAAGACGAUGCUAGCAAAAGCUGUGGCUACUGAAUGCAAAACUACCUUUUUCAAUAUUUCUGCCUCAUCAAUUGUGAGCAAGUGGCGUGGUGACUCGGAGAAACUAGUGAAAGUCUUAUUUGAGCUUGCAAGGCAUCAUGCACCAUCUACCAUUUUCCUUGAUGAGAUUGAUGCUAUAAUUAGUCAACGUGGUGAAGCUCGUAGUGAACAUGAAGCUAGCCGACGAUUGAAAACUGAGCUGUUAAUACAGAUGGACGGGUUGACUAAGACAGAUGAGCUUGUUUUUGUUCUAGCGGCCACAAAUUUACCAUGGGAGCUGGAUGCAGCAAUGCUGCGUCGGCUGGAGAAGCGUAUUCUUGUACCAUUGCCAGAGCCAGAUGCUAGACAUGCUAUGUUUGAAGAGCUCCUGCCAUCUACUACUGGCACAAUGGAGAUUCCCUACGAUGUUCUUGUGGAGAAAACUGAAGGAUAUUCUGGCUCUGAUAUUCGCCUUGUAUGCAAGGAGGCAGCAAUGCAGCCCCUAAGACGGUUAAUGACAGUUCUCGAACGCAAUCAAGAGGUUCCUGAAGAUGAGUUGCCUGAAGUUGGUCCAGUAACGACAGAAGAUAUUGAACUUGCUUUGAGGAAUACAAGGCCGUCUGCUCAUCUUCAUGCACAUAGAUAUGAGAAGUUCAACCAAGAUUAUGGCAGUCAUGUCCAUGGCUGAAGGAGACUGUUGUAAGAUAUUUGUAUUCAGUACGGAACUUGUGCAUGGGCUGAUAGAUAAUGUGGAAUUUCCAUCGAUGGAAUGAAGGUAUCCUUGUAAACACUAUGCUUAUCCUUGUAUGCUGUACAUUAUCAUUCAUUUGAUGAGUAAUAAGCUCUUGGGUAAUUUAGUCCCUGGAAUAAGCAGAAACUAGGACUCUAUGCCUACAUUUGGCUCGAUUUACCUAUUUCUCUGGCGUUACUCUUAA